AUGCGUCCCACUUCACUUCCAAAGUGCCUGCUGCAGGUUGCUGCUUGUGGUAUUGCACUCAUUACUUUCGCUCAUGCGGUACCAGCUACUGUUUAUUCAACUGUCACUCGUUAUAGAAUUUCAGUCGUUCCACAAUAUACGACUUAUACUGAUGUUUCUUUUUCAAUUCUUACUUACACUGCACCUCCUUCAAUUCAUACCCAAUAUGUUACAGCCACAGAAGUUAAGCGUAGAACUACGACUAUCUUCGAUGGAACAACAACUGUGAUUGAGCCGGCUUCAACUGUAUUCGCAUCCGAAUGUGGUAGCACCACACAGUCUUCUUCUGCGGCCCCUUCAUCGGAUAUUCUUAGUAGUUCGACUGUAUCUUCUGAAUUCACUUCAUCUUCUGGUUUCACUAUUCCACCAGUUGACAAUCACAAUUCUGGGUCUUCAUUUAAUACUGAAGUAUCAGCGACUUCAGUUCCACAGGUCACUUCCGAGCCACCUAUUACAACUAGCGAGCCUACAGUAACACAAGUUGUCAGUACCGAAGAACCGGGAGUUACAACUCUGCCACCUUCGGAACCAACUCGCGUUUCAUCUGCCGAUACACCAGCUGGUACUUCUAACGCAGUGGACUGUUAUUCAGAUGAAGAGGGUACUGGCUUUCCAUUGGCUCCACCUGUCACGGAUAGUACCGAUCCAGAUACUCACGAUACAGUCGGUCACUGCGUUGAAUUCUGCUCUACAGACAAUGGAGGUAACCCAUUUAGAUACGCAGCAAUUGGGCCAGGACACUGCUAUUGCUCGAACGGAAAGCUUGAAGCAGAACCAACCACCGAUUGUUUCUAUCCUUGCCCAGGCGCUUCGACACAAAUAUGUGGGGGAAGUCUUUCACCCACCAGAAGACUCAGACGUCGCGCUCCUGGAGAUGCGAUUAUUGUUUACGAAUUGGCUGGAUAUGUUUUUCCAACAUCAGUCGGUCCUACAGAUGUCGGUCCAAGUGAAACACCAGUCCUUAGCUCAACGAGUGAAAUCAUUGCCACUGAGGAACCUGGUAUCACUUCUACAGGAAUCCUUCCAACGGAAACACUGGGCGCCAAUUCAACGACUGAAAUUAUUGUCACGGAGGGACCUGGCGUCACUUCUACAGGAAUCAACACCGAGGGACCAGGGUUCACGAGCACUACUGAUGUCAUCAAUACUGAAGAAUCUGGCGCGACAAGUACAUCCGCAGUUGUGACUGAAGAGCCGGGAGUGACGAGCACCUCGGCAGGUAUCGUAAGCACGAGUGAACUGGGAGCUACAACGACUUCGGAAGUUGUUAACACCGAAGGGCCAGGCGCCAGUAGUACUUCGGAAAUUAUCAAUACUGAACAACCGGAAGCUACUAGUACCUCAGCUAUUGUCAGCACCGGGGAACCAGGAGCUACAAGUACUACUGAUGUCGUCAAUACUGAAGAGCCUGGAGUCAGCUCAACAGAAGCAGCUAGUAGCACUGGCAGCGGUAUUCCACCUGUCAAUAAUGUCGGAUCUGGCACUUUAACCACUACAACUACUACUUAUGAUAUUGAGUCUACCACUGAGGUAUUUACCGAGCCAGGAGCAACUACCACCUCCGAAGCCGAAGAAACAGGUGCUAGUGCAACUUCGGGAGUUGAUAAUACCGAGGAACCGACUCCUAUUACAACUUCUGAGGUCGUCAAUACUGAGGAGGCAGGGGUCACUACAACGUCGGGAGCUGUUAUUAGUACCGAUGAACCAGAAGUAAAUACGAGUUCGGAAAUUGUUAAUACCGAAGGCCCUAGUAUUACUACAACCUCUGGUCCGGAAGGGACUGAGAGUUUGAGUACCGAGGGACCUGUAUUUACGACGAUCUCGGAGGUCAUAAAUACCGAAGAGCCACAAGCAACGUCAACUACAAGCCUCGAAGAAACUGGGCCGGCUACUAGCUCAACUGAGAUCAUCAAUACUGAAGAGCCACAAGCAACAUCAACUACGAGCCUCGAAGAAACUGGGCCGGCUACUACGUCUUCUGGGGCUGUAGUCACUGAAGAACCAGGAGUUAGUACAACUUCCGAUGUACCUGAGGGCACAAGCACUGGUACCGGCAUUCCACCUGUAAACAAUGUAGGAUCUAGUACCAUGACAACAAGCACAACAAUUGAAGGACCUGAGUCUACUACGGAAGCGGGGUUGACUACCGAAAUUGUAGUUACGACGACUGCUCUUCUCUCAACAAGUGAGGAAGGAGUAUCAUCUACAAGCUCUUCCCCAUCAUCUACAUCUAUUGCACCUCCUUCAUAUAGUUAUGUAUGCGCAGGUGUCCCAAGCCUGUUCAAUGUAGUCAUUAAUGAACCUGGCAAACCAAAACAAUGGUUAUCACAACUUAACUAUCCAGAUAGUGGAACCGUUGAAGGUACAUGGGGCUAUGAUACAUUGCCGCCCGUAUUAUCAAGCGCCCAAGCAGCUCGUUUUAACAUUGGAUUUGGCAACGCUUUCCAAGCGAAACGUCAUUCUGAUAAUGCUCCAAUCUCAGCUGCUGUUCGUUUGACCGCUUUAGGAUCUCCUCUUCAACUUUUCACUGCGGACCAUAUUUCAGACAGCAUGAGAGUAUUUACUGCUAGUAUUGGGGCAGAUUGUUCACUUGGCUUGGAUAUUCCGAACACUGGGGACAAUAUUCUGGCUAUUUGCAGUGGUAUAUUCACUAUUCUGACACCAGCUAAGCAAAUUCAAAGGGGAGAUGCAUGUACUCAAGUUCGAGCUUUCGCUGUUGCAGUCAAUGGACCUUCAUCAACAUUGUCAACAACCAUUGCUUCACCUACAGAAUCAAGCACAGGAUUAAUCGGCACUGAAGUAUCCGAAACUGGAGCUUCUUCUACUCCAUUAAUCGCAACAACUAUACCAUCUGGAACUUGGGGUCUGAUGACAGGUACUUCAACCUUCUCGCCUAUCACAUCUUCAACUUCAAUUGCUGGAUGUCCUGUUGCACCAUUUUUCAGAAUCCUGGUAGAUCAGACAGGUAUGCCAGCGCAAUAUCUAUGGGAUCCUGUCUCAUUCGGUGAUGAUGCUUUAUCAUUCACCACAGAUGCAGCACAGAGUUUGACCUUUUCAUUAUCACCCACUACUGGUCAACUUCAAUUCAAUAUUAUAGAUUUCUUUGGAAAUCCUGUAUUAUUGGCAUCUAAUCAAGAUACUCACAAUGCUGGAAAUGAAGCAAUUUUCUUCUCUACUGCUACCAAAUAUCAACAGCUUGGUUACCAACCUGUUGUAGCAUCUAUCAAUCCAGAUUGUUCCAUUGGUUUGACAUUACCAUAUAAUGCGGCUAAUAUUAUACAAGCUUGUCAUGGAUCGAUCUACUUGAUGUUAUCACCUGGAGCAGUUUGUGUAACUGUUUCAUUGCUGAUGUUGCCUUUCGAUCCUUCCGCCACAACCACGGCUGUUGGAUCUACAAUGUCUUUUUUAGUUUAAGUUCGGCGAGUCUGGAAAGCCCCCCCGUUACUUC